CCGCGCCUGAGAUCCUCCUGGGCAGUGGCGGCCACUUCGGCAGAACGGAGGGAAUGCUGUUGGGCGCGUGGAGCGGCUUGUUGGUGGCGCUCCUGGCGGCCUCACACGGUAACGGGGCGUGCCAGUUCCCGGGAGGGUGGACGGGCCGCUGGUUCCAGUCGGGUGUGCCGAACCUCAUCACCGUCAACGCGUCCGUGCUCGAGACCAAGGGCCGCUGCGUGGACACCGACGGCGUCGACAAGUUCCUCGUUGAAGACAGGAGCGACCGGUGCUACCGCUGUAUGGUCAUAGCAGAGCGCCACCCCAACGUGCUGCAGUACAAAGAGAGUGAGUACCCGCCGCCUCCGCUACCAGCGCUGCGCGUCUUCGUGGCGACGGCGACAAGCACCUAA